AUGAACAUCCAAGAAUACAUUUGCAACUGCGACACGUCUCCCUCAAAUCCGUGUCACAUUCAGCAACAAUGUAAAUAUACACCAGUGGAACACGCCACAGAGACACUUGGUGCUGCAAGAAAAAGGAAUCGAAUGCCUUCCUUCUUUACUUUCCAACAAGGUCGCGAUCCGCAUGGCGCGACAAAUGACAGCUCCCCUCUCCUCGGUCGAUUUCGAGCAGUACCGGAUGCACAGCGACAAGGCGGAAGAGGCAGAUCCAACAGCCUACUACCAAAUCUUCGGAAGGGUUAUGGAUCAUUGUUCGGGAACCCAGGUCGAGUUGAGGAUGACAGCGACGAGAGUUCAGACGACGAGGACGGCGUGGUGAAACAAUGGACGAGGACCUCAAGAGACCUCUGGAUCGAACCUAAACAAAUCGCUGUUGCGAAAGUUGUAGACAAGUGGUGGACGAGAUGGAUGGUGUUGAUCAUUAUGCCCGCGAUGUUGGCGGUAGGGUGGUGUGCUCUUCCUAUUCCACAAUACGAAUUACCAUACGACGACAACGCGAGGGGCAGACAAUUCGUCCCAGGGAACGUAGGGCAUAAAAUACCAGGUCAUGGAGAAGCCCUAGUGGAGAUCAACUUCUGGUUCUUCCUCUUCGUUUACUAUGGCUUCUACAACAUCACUGCAUUGAUUUGGAUCACAAAGGUGUUCAAUAUCUAUAGCUUGAAUUGGUGGCCGCAGGCCCUAGGAUUUCCAACAACCGUCUCGAUGAUAGCCGCAUUUUCGAUCGCAGCGCCCAUUCCAGUUUACCUCUUUCCUGGCUCGAGAUUUCUUACCAACCAUAAUACAACUUGGAUCUGCUGGACUUUUUUUACGAUGUCUUUGCCACUUUUGAUAGCCUUUGCAAUAUUACUCAAUAAUGAACGCCAUCUCGGGCUUCGUCAGUCGUUAUCAGAAACGCAGAGAAUAUUUACUUCUUCCUGGUGGACUGGUGAUGAUACGAUCCCCAGCAGAGACCGUCAACGAAGACCACCCGUUGCGCAGUCAACAUUCGAUCCAAAUUCUCCACUAGAAGUUGUGUUAGCAUCAGACCGAGUGCACCAAAGAGUUAUGAGAAAGCGGUGGAUCCCAGCGAGCUUCGUCAGGUUUAUAUGGUUUUGUAUGGCACUCUUUAUUGGAAUGAUGGCAUAUGUUCUAGGAGAGGCGUAUGCGGAAGUCUAUUUGAGGACCUUGCCACACAAUACGCUUCACACGAUUAUUUACGUAUAUUCCUGGGUUAUCACGGUUCACUUGUUAGAUGGACUGGUAGGCUGGAUUCUUGGUGGUAAUGAUGGCGAGCGCGUUGGGAGCUACCCACUAGGGUGGAUAUUCAAAUUAUAUUUUAACCUGACAUAUCAGACCUACGUGCGCGCUCUGUAUGCCCGCCUUCGCUCUCCAGAACAAUUUAUCUACCUCCAAAUUUUGUCUUCCUCGUUUCUUAUAAUUUUCAUACCACUCACUAUAUCGAAACCCUUUCACUACAUGUUGACUAUCCUUUCAAUGAACGGUCAAUCGUUGUCGGCAUAUCAAAAGUUUUGCGCUAGGAACGUUUUUAUUCGAGGCAUAGCCGAAAAUGUGUCGAUGCUGACAUUUAUUGGCUCCAUACUUGUCCUCCAUUACGGCAAUAACAAGGCUGUAUAUCCAUACUUCGCCUUUGAAAGGGCUGAUCUACUGCCUCCUCCCGAUCCUAACGGAUCUCCUAUCGGAGGCGGCGAAAGAUACAACUUCAGCCUUACUCUAUGGGCUUCUAUGGUUACCUGGGGAUGCGAAAUUGCCGCUGGUUGGGUUACAAGGAGAAUUCUCUGGUAUGGCUGGCACGUGGACGUUACAGGCGAGGCCAAAGCAGAUAUGGGAAUGCUUCCAGAGCUUCUUCCGACUGGGGUCGUUGUAAUGGUGCACGUGUUGCAGAACAUGCUAUUCUCGAUUGUGCGGUUGCGAUUUCAUUAG